UCCCGCGCUCCGCGCGGCUUUGCAGUGGGUCAUCUCUCUGCGCCUCUGCGCUCACCGAUGGCGUAACAAGCCACCUCAGUGCUCAGCUGAGGCGCGGGUGGGUGCCGAAACUGGCGGUGUGGAGUGCGGAUCCGGCGAUGUGCGGGGUCUGAGUCCUGGCGCUCUGGAGGUUGGAACUACAACACCUCACUUAAAUCUGGAGCCAUGGGUAGAACUUACCUUGUCGAGGAAGGUAUUGGGCAGUACCUGACAGAACUCAGCACGAAGGUGAAGCCAUAUGUAACUGGCCUAUUGAUAGGGCAGUGUUCCCCACAACGGGACUAUGUCAUUCGGGCUGUGCGAACCCCUCCCAAGGAGCAGCAGCAGGAGGAGAGUGUGGGCCCUCCCAGGCUGGCAUCCCUGGAUGAGGAGUGGAUCACCACACAUGCCAGUCAGGUGUCCAGAAUGCUCCCUGGAGGGCUGCUGGUUCUCGGUGUGUUUAUGAUUGCAACUCCAGAGCUGGCAAAAGAUGGUCAGAAUGCUUUGCGUAAGCUAAUCUUCUCAGUGGAAAAGUCCUUGAGUAAAAGAAGGCUCUGGAAACCUGCUGAGGAGGAAAUCUCAGACAGAGCAGCACUUCAAAUCUGUUCUGCUACAAAGAAAGUAGUUUGCAGAACCUAUGAUGUGCAGGACCCAAAGAGUUCAGCUAAACCAGCAGACUGGAAAUACCAGAGUGCUCUGACUGCUUCCUGGGUAGCUUUGGGCUGCACAGUAAAUGUGAAUAUCCACAUUCCACUUCUUGCUACUUCCCCCAACCACGACCUGGAGAAGAAUACCAAGAAUGGGUUAAACCGAUGGUCAAAACAGAUCGAAGACAGUGUUUUUCUGAUCAAUGGCCAAGUUAAAGAUGAGGAUACAGAGCUGCUGGAAGGGCAGAAAAAGUUCAGAGGAAAUACUCAGCCCAGCACUCAGUUUUCUGAUGUCAAGGUUCUGACACAGCUGUGCCAGGGUACUGGUGCCAGGUCCACGGCGACUGUGCAGGUGUGCAGUGGCUCCAUAAACCUGCGGGGAGCUGUGAAGUGCAGGGCCUACAUCCACAGCAACAAGCCCAAGGUUAAAGAAGCCAUUCAGGCUUUGAAAAGAGACAUAAUAAAUACAUUGAGUGAUCGGUGUGAAAUACUGUUUGAAGAUCUGAUUUUAAAUGAAGGACCUCAGAAAAAAAAUUUUGGGAGGGAAUAUCAUGUCCUGCCUCAGAGACUGUUCGUCCCAGUUGCUGGAUCCAUUGUGAUGCUCUGUGAUUAUAAGUUUGGUGAUGAGGCUGCUGGAGAAAUCCAGGAACGUUUUGUGGAGAUGUUGGAUCAGCCUGUCCAAGCUGAAGAUAUGCACAUAGCUGAGGACAUUAGCACAGUUGAUAUUUGCCCAGUGACUGAGAGCCCAAGUGACACACAACAGGCACAGCUGACAAAAGCAAACUUGCUGUUGAAGCUCCAACAAAAUAUGGGGCUGGUCGUGGCAGCUGCUGUUGCAGUCCUGGCAUCGAUUUUCUCCUUCAACUACUUCAGUGAUUGAUAUGCAGUGAUUAAAUUCCAGCCUCCACAGCUCCUGGGAAGUGUUGGCCAUUCACAAGAUGGAACUAGCUGUGGUUAAUAUAUUAGUAAUUAAGAAUUGUUGCCUAAAUCUCACCAGGUAGAUGUUCAGUGUGAACUGUAAUGGUAGGUUCAGUUACCUUGUUCCAUCAUAUACUUCCUAGAUCAAGUAGAAUUAUGCACUUAGAGAAUCAAGUAGAGGGUGAAGCAGGUUUACAAGAAACUAACCCUGUUGCUCUGUAUAACUGAAUGACAUUGAUAUUUUCUGGGGAGAUCCCUUAAACAAAUAUAGUUCCUUAAUUUUCUUCCUCCUGGCUCCUUUAAUGCAAAAUGCUACUCCUGGUGUUUCUCAGGGUAUUGGUAAAACCUGCAUAAUGACCUGGUAUGGCAAUUCCUGCUUAAGGGUUCCUUUGCUAAGAGAAAUCUUAUUUUGUUACAGUUAAUUGGGGGAAAAUAAGUUUUAGUGAAGCCAGCAUUUCACCAUAUGCAUUGUUUUAGAUAAUACUGGCUAACUAGCAUUAAAUGCAUACAAAGAGUUUCUAAAAGUUUCAAGACUAGACCAAGGCAGCCUGUAAAUAGCUUGGAUCAAGACUGGAGAACUCAAAAAUCAAUGAAAUGCAUGGCACUGCUGAGCUGUGUGUAUGCUGCAGCCUUUAACUCAGUGCCUCCUGAUGAGGAUUUCUUUAUCCAGCUGCAAUGCAAUCAUUGUUAUCUUGGAAUUUUAACUAUUUCAGCAACAGCUACACCUAGGCAGGCCUUGUGGGGUAUCGUAGAUACAGGUAAGUUAUUAAAAUUAUUGCUAAUAAGGAUUUUUAGAUUAUAAACAGAGAGCUUUCCAUUAUGAGAGAUUCUCCUGGGGAUGUUGGCCAGUUACAUGUUUACUUGACAUGAGAAAGGAGGGAAUGAAUUUUGGUAAUGCUAAAAAGAUAAUUUGUAUAUGAAAUGUGAUGCUUACUUGGACCUGAAAUGCAACAGAAAAAAAUUAGAAGUAUUUUAAUACCAAUGCAAAUUCCUUUUUUGUUUGAAGGCAACGGAACACAAAGGAAAAAAAUAAACCCUUUGAUUCUAAAGCAUAAUCAAGUAUGUAUGAAAUACCUUUAUUAAAGGCAACUCUGAGAAAGAUGUCUUGA